AUGGGCGGGAAAGAUGAUGAUAGAAAAGACGCGGAUGCGUGGAGCGAUAAAGAAUGGUUCAAUAGCUGGAAAGCACAGCACGACCAACUGCUCAGCGAACUCGAAACCGAGAGCAAGCGCUUACAGCAAGACGUUUCGCGCGAAAGCAGCAGCGGUGCUGCUGGACCAUUUUCUGCUUUCAAAAGAUUCAUUGACGACGGUUUCAGUUCCCUUUCGAGUGCUUUACAGGACUUACCUUCUACGACUGCCGAACUGAAGUCGAGGAUGCAGCGAGAACAGGAACGGUGGCGAGCUGAAGAGCAGGAUAUCUCGGAGAGAUGGACAGGGAGCACGGAUUCGCCGGAUCAUAUACAGAUGGUGGCGUCUAGGAGUUCGGAUCGUGAAAAGGAGGAGGUACGAGAAUCGAUGUUGGAAUUGCUGGAUACUGCGAAUGAGCGGAAUGCGCAUAUUCCACCCGCGAAGCUUGAAGCGCUAUACCGUGACCAAGGUCUCGAUAUGGGCAUUCUUGAUCUUCUAGGCGACUUGUCGAAUGUGUCGCUGGGCUCUUAUCGCUGGUUGUCGGUGGACUGGUUCAAGCGCGAUCCAUAUUCACCAAUGAGGCUCGAAAGCCAUCAUGCGCUCGGAGAAUAUGGUGCAAAGUGGCGAGCUGCGUUUGAGGAUCUCCUCGAUGCUUCUUUGGACAAACCCAUGGGGUCGAUCGAAAGAGUAGGCAUGCGUGAGCCCUUUGGGAGACAUCCGCAGUCCACAUACUACGGGCCUGGCUUAGACUGGAUGCUCAGCUUACAGUGUCGCGGAAUUUUGCCUAUGCAACUCCCUCGGACAUACUCAAUACCUGGAAUGGCUCCCGAGCUGAAAGGGUCGCGAUGGACUGGAAUCCUUCGCCAUGAAGCUGCGUCGACAGAGAAUGGGAGAACUGCAAAUCCGACCAUCUCAGCUGAUCUUAGAGACUUGCUAUCCGCUGUCGGCACAAAGGCGGCGCCAGAUACUGGAGCUGACCCUUUGCCUGUGCGCAUUCCUCCUGAAACAGAGCAGGACCUCUACGACUCAGAAUAUUUGUUCCCUGGUGUCAGUUCGAGCAGUGAAGACCACGCGAUGGACGUUGCAAAACAAUCCUCAGUCGAGGCCGAUGGUACAGCACGAGGUCAAGACAAAUCCUUCCGAGAGGCAUUGAUACGGCGUGGCUACGAGCUUGCGGGAGAUGAAUUCGAAGACUUCGCUUCAAGCUUGCCAGGAAUGGAUCAGCUACUCGAGAGGGUGCUCCGCCUACAACAGGAAUGGGACAGCAUAGAGGAGUCCACUGGUUCCGGCAAAGCCUCGCUCAAAGACCAUCUCGAAGGAACAAGAUCUGCAGUAGUGGAACGAGAACAACAGGGAGUUUCCCUACCCAGUCACGAGCAGCAACACACUGAACCUCAAGCAAGACGACCGGAUGUUUUGUCAGCCUUGACAACGACUCAUACAACUCGACUUCCGGAUGGAACAGUCACGAUCAAAGUUGUGCUCAAGCAGCGAUUCGCUGAUGGCAGAGAGGAGACAACGGAAAGUAUGCACACACGAAAUGAGGGCACGAACAAGUCGCAGGACGAGACGUCAUCCCAGGAGAAGCCCGAGAAGAAAGGCUGGUUCUGGACAUGAGCCAUGAUUAAUUGUUCACGGAUCUGUACAGUCAUAUACACUAUAUACCCACUCUCAUGCGUAACUCAGCUCAGUUCAAUCUAGAUAUGCUCUCCCGGCCUAGCCGACUCACAACAUCAGCA